CUGAUUGUGAGGGAACGAAAAAUAUCCCAACAAUUUUAUGUAUUUUAUUGUGUUUUGAGCCAAGGUUAAUAAUAUUUAUAGGCGUUAAUUUUCUCGUGCUAUUACGUGGAAAAUGCUGACGCUUAUAUUCAGUGGAGUUAUUUCCUUCAUAAGCAACGUUGCUAGAAAGCUUAUCCCGUCAUAUUUUUGGCGACGUGAUGAUUUCCAAGUUCUCUAUUUGAGUGAAAACUAUUUAGUUGUGUACAAGCCUUUUGACAUUUUGAUGAAUUCUGAUUCUAACAAUAAGGAAACGCUCCAAACGAUGAUCUCAAGACAGUUUCCAAAUUUAGCUAACCCUAACCUUGGGCAUCAGUUUCAUUUUGUGCACCGGUUGGACUUAGUUACCAGUGGCGUUGUUUGCGUUGCUUUGUCUAAGAAGGCAGCUAAAGAAGCUGGGGACAGUUUCAGCAAAAGAGAGGUCAAGAAGUUCUACGUUGCGUUGAUCAGAGGGUGGCCCAGCAAGAAUUCAUUUUCCAUCAACGAGUCUAUAGGUGAAAAUAAAUAUGAAGUUGACACCUCAAGGAAAAUGUGUGUUGGCUCCGACAAAAAAUGCAUAAAGCCUCGAAACGCACAUACAAGAGUGCAAGUAUUGGAACUUGGACUCUAUGAAAACUACCCAGCUGCUAAGGUCCUCUUGCGCCCUUUGACUGGGAGAAGACACCAACUCCGAGUCCACUUGUCGCAUUUGGGCCACACGAUCGUAGGAGAUUUCACGUACAGCAACAAAAAAGACAAUUCUCCUCCAAGAACGUUCUUACAUUCUCUGUGGAUAACGUUUCCCAGCAAAAUUGAAGAAAGCAAAUUUUUAGACAUCCAUUCAGAAGACCCAUUUCAAGAAAUAGCAGGAUGGAAAUCGUUGAGAGUGUGUAGCAGCCUCUUGGAGCCAAAUGUGUUUGAUCUCUUAGAAAUAGACCACUGCAUAUUACAAAGCGACACAAGUGCAAAACAAUGAGAGGCGCCGCACCCGAUCAGUUUGCAACCCUCUAAUAUUUUUGCUGGAGAGAACUGGUCGGUGAAACUUCCAUUGCCGCAGUUUCCGUGCUCAUUCCAGCCAGACGCGUAAACCGAACCAGUUUCUGUCGCAUAAAAUGAAGCUUCAGCUUCAACCAAUUCCACGGAUUUCCCACCAUCCAGACCAGUGGCAAGCUGCCCAAAUUUGUUAUCUCCCCAACAAAAAAUUUGGCCAAGCCUUUCAUCGUUUUCCGCGUUUCCCAUGAGAACAACGUUAUGUUUCUGGCCAGACGCUACUUGAAUUGGUUUUAAAACGCCCGGAACAGCUGAAAUAGAUGUUGAUAUAAGUGGAGCUAGAGCAGUUGAUAACAUUCUGAGCGUCGAUCCAGGUUGUUUGCCGAAGACCAGCUGACACUUUCUUCACAUUCCCUGCCAUACAAUGUGGUUGGUGCGCCACACUGACCACGGUUGUUCUGUCCACACGCCCAAACAUAGCCGUCAGAAUCAAGCAGGAGAGUGUGUCCUCCACCGCCACAGAUGUUGCUAAUAUUUGUUAAUAUAUCGUCCGGGAGGCCGUCAAGACUACACUGCUUGGGUGUAUUGCUUGCUUCAAAUACGGGCCAGCCUUUGUGGGCUAGCUGUCCAAACUGGUUAGCUCCCUUGGAAUAUAUUUUUUAUUAUUUAAAGCAAAAAAUAUAAUAGUUAAACUUUACCCA